CAACCAUUCUGCUGCAAAAGCAUGUGCAGAUGCCGCAAGAGGGGCUCGAAGGAAUGCGCGCCAAAGUUCUUCAUGUGUCCCAGAGCAGCCCACUGCCGACACUGUGGAAGUAGAAGAUUCAGAGGACAGGGAACCUGAGCGUCAUGAACAACAAGAUACAAGUAUGAGCAACGAGUCCAUGUUGGAAAGUGAGGCAGCUGCUGCGCUGCUCAAUCUGCACAGUGCAUUCCUUUGUGCUCCCCAUGUGGCUACCACAGAAGAAAAGGAAGUGCAGGUGGACAUCUCCUCAGCGCCGCAAGUUAAAUUCAGGCUAUCACAGAUAUUGACGUCAGAUGCUGAUCUAAAUUCCUUCACCGGUGUUGAAUCGAUGGGACUCCUGAAUGCCAUUGUUAAGGCUGUCGAGAAACACGACAAAAUGAACACUGAACUGUCCGUAAGGGAUAGGGUGCUAAUCAUUUUGGUGAAAGUAAGGACGGGGCUUUCUUUCAGCUGCAUAUCGAAACUCUUCCAAGUGAGCCCGACUUCUGUGCACAGGUACUUUUACGGAACACUACCUGUGUUAUCCGCAGUUUUAAAGUCUGCCAUCCCAUGGCCAUCUAAGGACGAAAUCGUCAAAAACAUGCCGAAAUGUUUUGAAGACUACAAACGAGUGCGAAUUGUACUCGAUGGCACUGAGGUUGAAGUGGAGAAAUCAACAUGUCUGGCAUGCAGAAUACAGACUUAUUCGAACUAUAAACGCAAAAACACAGUGAAAUACAUGAUUGGAGUUUCUCCAGCAGGCCUUAUUACAUUUGUGAGCAAUGCCUUCGGUGGACGGGCUUCUGACGGAGCAAUUGUUGAGCUUUCGAAUGUUAUAGACCUUCUUGAACCCUAUGAUGACCAUGUCAUGGUCGACAAAGGGUUCCGGAUCGAUAAUGUCUGCAGCGCUCGUGGUGUUAGCAUUGUACAGCCACCUUUUUUGAGACAGCAGAGCCAGCUGUCUGCUGGAGAUUCCAUUAGGACAGCUAAAAUUGCAAGGGCACGGGUGCACGUUGAACGUGCAAUACAAAGAAUCAAAAUAUUCAAGCUACUGCGAGGUCCCAUAGAGUGGGAGAUGUUGUCUGUAAUAGAUGAUAUUAUAACAGUUGUAGCAGGACUUGUGAACUUGUCUCGGCCUAUCUUAAACGAGGAUAAAUUCAUGUGAAAUUUGUAAAAUGUCAGAUUGUUGGUGGUUGUAAGGUACAGAAUUGUCAGAAAGUGUUUUUAUUGUAUUUGUAUUGUAGAACACACAUUUACAGCACUGUCAAAAUUUUCAUACCUGCUGUUCACUUAGCUGUACUUAA